AUGGGAUUGGUUCGCAUUCCGUACUACCAGGACUACUGGUCUUCAGAGCCAGGCUAUUACAACCGUCUGAUAUCAACAACCAUGACAAGGAGCCGGUUUGAUUUCUUAACUCAACACUUUGCCUGUUCAGAUCCUGCUACCAAUCCCGAACGAUAUCCACAUGAGGACCCAACAAUGUUCACCGACAAGGCACACAAGUAUAACUUCAUGGCGAAGCAUCCACUUUACCCUCUCCAGCCUGUUUGGGACACCGUCCUGUCCAAGUGUAGAGCCAAUUUCAACCUUGGCAGAAACCUUGCAAUAGAUGAGGCAAUGGUGAAGUACUCCGGCUUCAAGGCCCAUGUCCGGAAAUUCUUCAUGCCACUGAAACCAAUCAGAACCGGCUUCAAAUUGUACGCCUUGGCUGAUUCAGCCACAGGCUACUUGGCUAAUUUCAUUGUCCAGCCCUUCAAAUCUGGUGCACCAGCAAAGAUGACAGACAUAGCCAUGGCCGUAGCUAGUCCAGUCUUUGGAGUCUACCACCACAUCUUCGGAGACAAGCUGUACUCGUCGGUAGAACUAUGCCAGCGCCUCCUUGCAGACAGAACCUACUACACAGGAGCUGUAAAGUCCACCAGCAAAAAUUUACCCCGUGACUUCAGAACCAACCCAGACAAAAAUCCCCAGCAGCACCAGAAAAUCAAGAACCUGAACAAGAUGCCAUGA